GUGUAUAAUGAGUUCAUUCUACCCUCGGAGCGAGACGGAUUCCUGAGCCGCAUUCGGGAGAUUAUUCAGCGAGUGGAGACCCUGCUGAGGAGAGAUACAGGCCCCGUGGAGGUGGUUGAGGACACCCUGGGCACCCAGGAGCCAGCACCACUGCCUGCCCUCCCAGGCCCCCUUCCAGACCCUGGCAGUGCAGAGGCCCAGAGCAGCACCUCCCUGGAGCAGAGGAGUUGGGCAGCCUUCUCUACCUCCCCUUCUUCUCCUGGAACCCCCUUGUCUCCUGGAACUCCCCUUUUCCCAGGUCCCAUAUUCCCCAUCACUUCUCCUCCAUAUAACCCCAGCCUUUCCCCAUUCCCCAUAAUUUCUUCCCAGGUCUCCUCACAUCUCCCUCCUUACCCCCCUAGCUCUCCACUUCAGUUCUUCCCCAGUGCAUCCCAUUUUCCUCUCCCUCCCUCACAGUUUCCUCAGAGCUCUCCCGCCACAGCCACACUUUCUCCCAGUUGUUCCCAGGUCACUCCUCAGCUCAGUCCCUCCCCUCCCCCACUCUCCCCCACCACAGCAGCCCCUCUCCUCUCUCUGGCUAGUGCCUUCUCUCUGGCUGUGAUGACCGUGGCCCAGUCCUUGCUGUCUCCCUCACCUGGUUUCCUUUCCUGCUCUCCUCCAGCCCUUCCUGGCCCCCUGCCCAGCCUUCCUUCUCCUUCCCUUGCUCCUUGUGACCCCGAAAGCCCUUCACCCCUCACAGAUGAGAUGGAGAGUGAGAACUCCUCAAAUCCUGCUUGGCCAUUCCUGGGGGAAGCCAGACUGGCACCCAUCUCUGAAGAGGGAAAGCCCCAGCUAGUUGGACGCUUCCAAGUGACUUCGUCCAAGGAGCCUGCUGAGCCUCUUCCCCUGCAGCCAUCAUCCCCAACUCUGUCUGGUUCUCUAAAGCCGCCAAGCCCUCAGCUGACCUCAGAGAGCUCAGACACAGAGGACAGUGCAGGAGGCGGGCCCCAGACCAGGGAGGCUCUGGCUGAGAGUGACCGGGCUGUUGAAGGCCUAAGGGCUGGAGUUGAAGAGGAAGGGGGUGAUGGGAAGGAGGCCCGAGGGAGCAGUCCCCUACCCCUGAGCCAUCCCAGCCCCGUGUGGAUGAACUACUCCUACAGCAGCCUGUGUCUGAGCAGUGAGGACUCAGAGAGCAGUGGGGAUGAUGAGGAUUUCUGGGCGGAGCUACAGAGUCUUCGGCAGAAGCACUUGUCAGAGGUGGAGGUGCUCCAGAUGCUGCAGAAAAAGGAAAUUGAGGACUUGUACAGUCGGCUUGGGAAACAGCCCCCGCCAGGCAUCGUAGCCCCGGCUGCCAUGUUGUCCAGUCGCCAGCGGCGCCUCUCCAAAGGCAGUUUCCCAACCUCCCGCCGCAACAGCCUGCAGCGCUCUGAGGUUCCAGGCCCUGGCAUCAUGAGAAGGAACUCCCUGAGUGGCAGCAGCACCGGCUCCCAGGAGCAGCGGGCAAGCAAGGGGGUGACAUUCGCUGGAGAUGUUGGCAGGAUGGUGUGA